UCUUGCUUCAUCCUCUACGCACUUUUAAAUAGGUGACUCAUUGGACUCUGUUCUUUCUUUCAUGUUGGGGGCACACACAGAAACUUGGAGUCACCACUGAUGCAUGAAGUUUCAGAAUCGCAGCAGGGCAUCGGCAGCUCAGGAGGCCGCCUGGGGGGCGCCAUCACAGCCUGUAAAAAGGUCCUUCGCAGCGGCAGCUUGCUGGAGUCCACAGAAUACUGGUUGCAGAAUCAGAGGACGCCCUGCCAGAUUGGUUUUGUGGAAGACAAGUCUGAAAACUAUGCUUCGGUCUGUUUUGUGAAUCUGGAUGUAAGCAAGGAUGCUUGCAGUACAGAACAUCUGCAGCAGAAACUGGUCAACGUAUCACCAGAUCUUCCAAAACUUAUCAACUCCAUGAAUGUCCAACAGCCCAAAGAAAACGAAAUCGUCCUCCUAAGUGGGUUAGCUUCUGGAAAUCUCCAGGCAGAUUUUGAAGUUUCACAGUGCCCCUGGCUGCCAGAUAUCUGCUUGGUCCAAUGUGCAAGAGGAAACAAACCAAACAGUACCAACUGCAUCAUCUUUGAAAUCAAUAAAUUCUUGAUUGGUCUAGAACUGGUACAGGAGCGGCAGCUCCACCCGGAAACCAGCAUCUUAAAGCUGGAGGAUGACACGAACUGUUCCCUAUCUUCAAUUGAGGAAGAUUUUCUUACUGCCUCUGAGCACUUGGAGGAAGAAAGUGAGGUGGAGGAAUACAGGAAUGGUUUUGAAAAUAUAAAUGUGUCAACUAAUGUUUCAGAAAGUAAAAAGCCAAAGGAAACUACCCAGGAAGAAUGGAAUCACAACAAAGAAAAGCUACAUUAUGCUGUGGAGGACAAAUACAUUCGAAAAUACUGUAUGCCCCUGAUUAAAACAGAAGGAUCAAAGGAGAACAUAGUGAAUGGCACAGCCUUUCAAAGCCUCGGUCCUGCGGCCAAGCUGUCUCAGGAGAAAGGUGAACCAGCAAGGAACGAGCAACUACCCACUAACCAUUAUUAUUCCAAAAAUCUUAAGGGACAAGUAGAAAAUUCUCCAGCACUGUAUAUUCCCAGUAAUGCUUAUCUCUCUAUGAUGGUUAAGAAGGACGGGCUUUCUUCAUGUGGCACGGUUACCGAUCAGGGCAGCAACCUAGAGCCCAGAGACGGUGAAGAUACCCAGAACUCUCUUCCGCCAGUUCCAAAUGGAGAAACCACGACUGGGGAGUAUGCUACAAACUUAGCAGAGUCUGUGCUGCAAGACGCAUUCAUCAGACUAUCUCAGUCUCAGCCCACACUCCCCCAGGAAUCUGCCAUCAGCAUCUCUAGGGGAAGUGCUCUACUUCCCAGUAGCUGUUCCACAAAAGAUAUGGUGGUCCCUCGCUCAUGGAAUGAGCUCCCCAAAAUCGUCAUUGUGCAGAGCCCGGAUGGCGGUGACACUGCCCCUGAACCAGUGGUCUCCUCCUGGCCUGAAAUGGAAGUUUCUGUUGAAACCUCAGGCAUCCUGUCUGGAGAGAGCUCCAGCAGACCCCCUCAAAGUGCUCUGGAAGUCGCACUAGCUUGUGCAGCCACUGUGAUUGGAACCAUUUCCAGUCCACAGGCCACAGAGAGACUCACCAUGGAGCAAGAACCCCUGAUAUCCAACUGUGCUCAGAGAGGCAGGGGGGUGCUGCAAACUCAAGUACCCCAAGAACUCAAGGAACCUUCCAUAAGUGAAUACUCUUUUCCAUCAGCUCUGUGUGGCAUGACACAGGUGGCAAGUGCCGUUGCUGUCUGUGGCCUGGGUGAAAGAGAAGUGACCUGUCCUGGAACCACAAGUGGCUUCUUGUCCACAUCUGGAGCUUCUGAAGAAAUACCAUCGAUUUUCAGUUUAGCGACAGAGGGGAGCAUGGAGCUGGGGAAGGAAGCCAUUGCAGAGGCCUUGCUUAGGGAGGCUGCUCUGGUUUUAGGGAGGCCUGACACAUACGGAAGCACUGCAGAGCUCAUGGAGUCCUUGAACAGGAGGAUCAUAGAAACCACUUCCAAAACCCAGACCCUGUGCUCAGAAAAUAUCCUAAGGAAUGAACUGGCACAGACCCUGUCCAAUGUUAUCUUAAAGCAUUCCAUUGAUGAAGUUCACCAUCAAAACAAAAUAAUUCAACCCAGUGAUGGCAGGCAUCCAUGUGAAACUCUGGAUGCCUUAAUGGAAAGUGCAAAUCAGCUGAUCCACAAUGUGCUGUGCUUCACGUUCAAGAAGAUGCGCCACAUAGUACAGCUUGGUGAGCAUCCCAGUGUCCUUUGUAAGGAGACCAUCAGAUGGACAGACACAGAGUCCCAAGGUUGCCAGCCAUUUGAUCAGGCUGCUGCCGGCCAAGCAUGGAUAAAAGCCCCAGCAUGCUCCAGUGGCCAUCCACUUAGCAAUCCACGGGGCACUAGUCUUGUCAUCACUGAUCUUGUAGAGGAGAUGCCUCCAAAGCAAGACAAGGUUGGGGCGAAACCAGGACUGUUCAACAACCCCAGGCUGCAAUCUGAAUUGUCAUGCCAUCACAGAGUGCUUGAUUCAUCGACUGCUAAAACUGUCCCCAAGGACUUAUAUCUGAAAGGAAUGGUGGGCGAAGACACAAAGGACCCUCAGCACAGACUCGGUUAUGGUGGCUGUGAACGGAGAGUCUCAACAGAAGCAGUAAAGGGACCAAGAGCAGGCAGGUGCAGCAGCAGCUCCCAAGAAGAGGAGGACAGUAUGGAUCCAAACAUCCAAGAAAAGUACAAUUGUGCCACAUCCUUAAGCAAUGAAGUCCAAGUUAAGCUGCCUUUGUCGGGGGAUGACCUCACGUUUCCCAUUCAGUCUACACCUCAGACAAGAUGCUCCGAGGAGGCCUACUGCAUUACAGACUUUGCAGAAGAAUUAGCAGAGACUGUUGUCUCCAUGGCAACUGAAAUCGCAGCAAUCUGCCUUGACAACUCCAGUGGAAAGCAGCCUUGGUUUUGUGCAUGGCAAAGAGGGACUGAGUUUCUAGUGACACCCAACGUUCCGUGCCGAUCUUUGAAGAGGAAGAAGGAAAUCCAGGGCAGUGGAUGCACUGUGAGGAACAAGCCACCUCGCCUCAGCGAAAUCAAGAGGAAAACUGAUGAGCACCCUGAGCUGAAAGAGAAGCUGAUGAACAGGGUCAUGGAUGAGUCUAUGAACCUCGAAGACAUCCCUGAUUCUGUCAGUACUUUUGCAAAUGAAGUAGCAGCCAAGAUCAUGAACCUAACCGAGUUCUCCAUGGUGGAUGGUGUGUGGCAAGCCCAGAGCUGUUCCCGGAACAGGCUCCUAGGUGGUGAGAGGUGGAACAGGCUGAAGGCCUCCAGCUGUGAAAGCAUUCCAGAGGAGGACUCUGAAGCCAGGGUCUAUGUAAAUAGCCUGGGUUUAAUGAGUACCUUAAGCCAGCCAGUCAGCAGGGCCAGCUCUGUCUCCAAACAGUCGAGCUGUGAGAGCAUCACCGAUGAGUUUUCCAGGUUCAUGGUGAACCAGAUGGAAAAUGAAGGGAGAGGAUUCGAGUUAUUGCUGGAUUACUAUGCUGGCAAGAAUGCCAGCAGUAUUCUAGGCUCAGCAAUGCAGCAGGCAUGUCAGAAAAAUGAGCACCUCAGUGUGAGGCCAAGCUGUCCCUCUAAGCAGUCCAGCACAGAGAGCAUAACAGAGGAGUUCUACAGGUACAUGCUGAGGGACAUUGCCAGAGAAAGCAAAGAUAGCACCUCCUCCAGACAGAACAGCCAGGAUUGGACCACUGGCUUACUGUCUCCUUCUUCAAGAUCCCCACUAUGCUACAGACAGUCAUCCAUGCCCGAUAGCAGAUCCCCAUGCUCCAGGUUAACUGUGAAUGCACCCAUCAAAGCCAAUUCCUUAGAUGGCUUUGCCCAAAACUGCCCUCAAGAUUUCCUAAACAUACAGCCGGUCAGUAGAGCUUCCUCAUCUGGACUCUGCAAGUCUGACUCCUGCUUGUAUCGAAGAAGUGGGACAGACCAGAUCACAAACAUGCUAAUUCAUGAGACAUGGGCCAGCUCCAUUGAGGCUCUGAUGAGAAAGAACAAGAUUAUUGUGGAUAACCAUGAAGCAGAUGACGCCAAUCCUGGUCCUGGUGUUUCUCUGCAAAUGGAGAAGUGUGCAAACAGAUUAGCCACCCGCAGAGUGCACAGGGGUCCAACUCUGAUCCUGCAAGAGUCUGUCGAUUACCCAAAAAAGGAUGUUGUUAAGGAAAGCAAACAUUCUCCAGAGUCAUCUCCAAACAAAACAGCUCCUGUUACGAAUCUUGAUGGCUUUGAUUCUAGAAAAGAAACUUUCUCAUGCCACAGUGCUGGUGUUCCCAGACACCCUAGGCAGUUGCUGCACUCAAGGGAUGUGCCUUUGAUUCAGAUUGAAACAGAUCAGAGAGAAGAGUGCACUGGAGAAUCUCAACCCUUCCUUCCCCAAAGUGGCUCCCUGGAGGAAGCAGGAAGGCACCAGAGUGAAGAAACCAUGCCAGGUGUGGCCAGAAGUGGGGAGACAACCUUGAGUGCCUGCCAAAACCUUAGUGACAGCCUUGUUACCAGAGAAGUACCAGAAGCUGAAGUUUUGACAGAAGCCAGAGCCCCUGAUGAGUCCCUGAACCCUCCGAGCAGCAGUGAGGAGAGUACGGGUAGCUGGUCCCAGCUGGUCAAUGAAGACGACAACCCUGAUGACACAAGCAGCUUCCUGCAGCUCAGUGAGAGAUCCAUGAGAUGCAACACAGGCUGGGUUUACACGAGCAAUGGCCACAGUAGUGCCACUAGCAGUCUUGGCAUUACGGAUCUGGACAGUUAUCAGGAAAGCAUGCCAUCUUCUCCCAUGACUAAUGAAUUAGUAGAAGAAAAGGAGAUUCUUAAAGGACAGUCAGAAAGCUUGAAGGAACAGGCCUCUGGACUGCCAGGGAGAACAACCAGCCCUCAGAGGAGCCUGCUGGUGAUCAACUUUGACCUGGAGCCAGAGUGUCCUGAUGCUGAGCUUCGAGCCACUCUGCAGUGGAUAGCUGCCUCCGAACUGGGGAUCCCCACAAUCUACUUUAAGAAAUCUCAGGAAAGCAGAAUUGAAAAGUUUCUAGAUGUUGUGCGGCUGGUUCAUCAGAAGUCCUGGAAGGUCGGGGACAUAUUUCAUGCAGUUGUCCAAUACUGCAAAGUGCAUGCAGAGCAGAAAGAGGGCACCCCGAGUCUCUUUGAUUGGCUCCUGGAACUGGGAUAAGUCAACUGUGCCCCAUGGCGUUUCCUUCCUUCAUUCCAGCUUAGAUUACAGUGGUUUGCGCUAAAUGCUCUGAACUUUCUCAAUACACUGCAUCCCAUUAGCAGAAAUAUUUUAAAAAUCUACUGCUCCUGUACCAUGCACAUGGAAUAAAUCUGAAGGAAAGUAAAAUAUAGGUCUGUGCUAAUCAAUGCCACCUGUGGGCAUGUCCCAAAGGACUUGUAUUUCUAAUGGCUUCAAAAAGAGAUGCUUCAAUGUGGUCCAAAUUAGAAAACUCACAACCAGCCCAGAAUCCAGGACAGCUAGACUCAGAUAUGUAUAAUAAUAUAGAAUGACAUGCAAUAUCUCCAAUUAUGUGAAAUCAACCAAAAACAAACCCAUUGUCAUACUAAUUCUUUCAACUAUGCUACAAAUUUAAUUGCAUUUUCCUGAGCAGAUAAAGGGGCUCUCCACCCAAGGAAGUACUUGCAAAACGAUUGAAAAUUUCUAGGGCUUUAUGUAAAAGAUUUCCACUCUCAGACCAGUAUAGAUAGAUAGUAACAAACAUCCAAUAGGAUAUCGAUGUCCACUAUUGGGCUGAUUUCAUUCAUUCGCAGAAGAUGAUGAAUACUGCAUUUCUUCCCGACCACUAAGCUCCUCACUAAGCAGAAAACAAAUGACAUCCGAUGCAGUAAGAGGGCGUUGAAGCUGCCUUGCUUCUGUCACUGUACUUAUCACGUGGGUAAAAUCAUUAUGGAAUUCUUGCCUACAGGAUAGCUUUCUUUAAAAUAAAAUAAGUAAUAAAUAGCCUUUUGGGAUAAAAAUGUGUCUGUGUAUUGAAUUAUAUAUGUAUGAACUUUUAUUUUUAUUGUAAAUGAUGACAAGAUUAUCUAAAUAAUAUAUUGAGUUAGCUUAAAGCCUCAUACAACAUGAAGAGACUGUUGCCUAAAGGUCCUUGCUACAUGAAGCUUGGUGGUUAGAUGUACAAUGGACGUGUUGACACCUGUGUGGCUGACAUCUAGAAUGACGAAUUCAGGGUAAUGACCUUGUGCUUGCCAGGACCAAUUUGAAAUGCUGACUUCCUGGCUAGGUGAUAGUCACCCUGAUUUUGGGAAAUAGAAGCCUUUAUCACAUUGUUUUUGGUCUUUUUUGAGACAGGGUCACCCUGUAGCCCCAGCUGUCCUGGAAUUCACUACGAAGACCAGGCUGGCCUUGAACUCACAGAGCUCCUCCUGCCUCUGCCUCCCGAGUAUUGGGAUUAAAGGCGUAUGCCACCAUUCCUGGCCCUUUAUCACAUUUUUAAAAAUUUAAAAACAGAGAUGUACCUUUUUGAAAAAUAAAAGUAUCUACAUGCCCCUAACAAGUCUUCUUCAGUUUUAACUAAAUAAGCCACACCUGCUUUUAUUUUCUAAAUCAGAGAUGUGCAUUACAUAUCUUCUAAGAUAUCAUGCUUUUGCUUUAUUUUUAAAACUUACAAAGUAAUUUUAAAUUAGAAUACGGUGCCAUGCCAUUAAUGCGACCUUUCUUGUUCUAUUAACCACAUCUUAAAAUGCCAAGGAAGCUUCCUUGGAAGUUGUACUUUCUUCCCCCCACCAACCCAUGACAGGACUCUUCCAGAACCCACUUGGCAUGUGUGACACAGAUGGUCCAAAUUUAAGUUGUAUGUUUAAUUUAACACCUGAACAAGAUUUUGAAGACUGUCUAUCACCUCAAACUGAACUGUGCUUCUUUGUGGUAAUAAAUGGAAAAGGAUAUAUUUAUUUUUUAAACAAUUCCAGAAUAUUGUGUGUAGACUUUUGUUGUGCUCAAAUAACUGUUUACUUUUCCUACAAAGCACAAAUACUGGAUGUAAUCAUGUGUUGUAACUAAUGUUGCAAAAUAAUCAAUAAAUUUCUGUUGCAAAA